AUGGUGAGCAAGGAGGGUGGCAAAUGUAUGCUCACCAACUCAGAGUCUGACUCGGAGGCAGCCCCCUUGCCGUCCACCUUGCUGGCACUUGAGGUGAAGUAUUCCCUGGAAGCCAGUCGGCAGGUGAGGAAGAGGAACAAGGCCCUGCAAGUGCGUUUCAAGGAUAUCUGUGAGGCACAGAACGAGCAAAGGGAGGCAGAGUUGCAGGCGGCGGGGAAAGGUGGCAAGCCUAUCUCAUACAAAGUGGCGUACCGCAAGUACAUGACUGUCCCGGCCCGCAGAUCCAUCCCAAACGUCACAAGGAGCACGGGCGUGCAGACAUCACCUGACCUCAAGAAACGCUAUCAAACUUUUCCAUUUGAGCGCAAAAAAGGCCACACCUAUAAAGACGUGGCGGCUGUGGACACUUAUAAAGGUCAGAAUAACGGUUUUGUCAUGGAGGUGAAGCAGUCCAAGGCUGCUGAGCAGGGUUUAGAUGAGGAGGAGGAGGAGGGAGCCUGCGGGGGGAGUGGAGUCCGGAGGACCAGGGCUCUGCUCCAUACUAAUGAGUGCAUUGCCACAGUGGAGCAGCACACUGCACCUGAUGGCCUGUGCUCUGACGCUCUGCUGCUCAGUUGCUCUGCAGACACAGACUGCCUUGCAGACACAUCGAGAGGAAGUGGAGCCGGAGCACAGGCAGAGUACCAGCUCUGCAGUGUCCCAUCGAAAGCCAGGACAGGAUUACAACUCAAGGAGGCCGAUAUAGACCGCUCGGUCAAGAGGCAGCUGCUCAAUCUGGAGGAGGGCUCAUCCCGAACCCUGCCGGACAGGGCCUCCAAGGUUUCGGGCCCCAUCGCCUGGAACUCCCUAACACAGGUGGAGUGCCUGGACAGCCCAUCUGUGCGAAGCAAGCGGAAGAAAGGUCUCCAGCUCAACGGGCUGCAGAGUGAGACACUACCACGUUCCAGUAGAGGCUGUACAACACAGGCACAGUGCCACACAGGCCAGUUAUCUGCUCGGCCUCUAAGGGACAUGGAGGAGCCUCUGUCCCCCUGCAGAGGUGGUGAGGCUGGUGGAGCACCGCCCGACCAAACACAGGAGACCUGUAAGCAAAUAGUGCCUAUGAAUCAGGACAGGGAUGUUAAAGAACAGCUGCAGGCCAUGGAGAAUCUCAUCAGCUCCAGCCAGGAGACCAUCAAGGUGCUAUUGGGAGUCAUCCAGGAAUUGGAAAAGGGGGAGGCUCACAGAGAGGGACUCUCCUAUCGAACCGGACAGGACACGGCCAACUGUGACACAUGCCGGAACAGCGCAUGCAUUAUUUACAGUGUGGAGCUGGACUUCAAACAGCAGGAGGACAAGCUGCAGCCGCUGAUGAAGAGGCUUUGCCCCACGGACGACGUCCACUUCGCCCCCCUGCCUUACCCCCAGGAGGCCUUCACCUCCACCCCGAAACGCAAGUCCAAAGCUGACUCCAAGAAGCAUGCACGCUGGAAACUUUGGUUUCUGUGAGAUCACAGAACUGUCUCCCCCCCCGCUGCCGAUACACAGGAUUAUUGCACCCCUACGGUCGUCCAUAUUUGUUUGGUUUAUUCAUCAUCCUCCAUUUUUAUCAAAUCUCCUUGGCUUUUUCUAGACUUAUUAAGCAGUAUUAGAGGAGAGCUCCAUCACUGGAUACUGAACCGCCUCUCAGAGACGACAGGAUGCGUAACGGGUGAAUUCCAUGGAAAAUUCUAAAUGACACGCAUACCAAAAAUGGAUUCUGAGUUAUUUCGAACUAAUUUCUUCAAGCGGGGUGUGAAAUUACACCCAGGCAACAUAUUUGGAGAUCAGCAAGGUGAGAAGACGAAUUUGAUUUCCGUCUGUCUAUUUGAAUAUAUUUUUCUAGAAGACGUCCAGCCCUGUUCUAUGGCAUUGGUUUAGUGACUGUCACGUUUCUAUUCACCAGUUGGGACUUUUCUUGCCAGCCUCCGGGAGAGGCUGCCAGUCCGACCACAAUGUUCUGAGAUCUACAUCAACAGCAUAAGCACAAUUAACACUGUUCAGGAUACGUUUUCUCCAGAAUAAUUAAAUAGAACUAUUUUGAGUACGAACUCA